AUGGAAAAUGGUAUUGUCGACAUAUACAGCCGUAAUCUUGAACGUAGCACUAAAAAGUAUCCGGAUAUUGUUAGGACUAUUUUAAGGUACCAUUCGUUUGCUGAUAAAAAACCUUCUACAAAAUCAUUUGUUUUGGACUGCGAAAUAGUUGCUUAUGACAGAGUAAAAGAUAAAAUUCUUCCCUUCCAGGUGCUUCUUACUCGAAGUCGCAAAAAUGUGGAUGUGGAUGACAUAAAGGUCAAAGCUUGUAUAUUUGCUUUCGAUAUAUUGUACCUUAAUGGCCAGCCACUACUUCAUCAACAAUUGAAAGUGCGUCAAGAGUAUCUGCAUGGAUCAUUAAACGAAGAAUCUGGUUUUCUUCAGUUUCCAACGGCAUUGAUAUCAAGCGAUCCAGAGGAAAUACAGCAGUUUCUUCUUUCUGCUGAGAGGAGGUUAGAUAAUAAUGGGCGAAGAAGAGAGAAAAUGGGCUCCGACAGCUAUGAGGGUUUAGUUAUAAAAAAGUUGAGCACUGAUGCUGCUUAUGUGCCCAAUAAGCGUGACUGGCUAAAACUGAAGAAAGAUUAUAUGGCAAGUCUGUGGGAUUCACUUGAUUUAGUACCAAUUGCUGCAUUUUAUGGAUGUGGAAAGCGGACAGGUUUGUAUGGGUCAUUUCUCCUUGCUUGUUAUGACUACAAUAAAGAUGAAUUUCAGAGCAUAUGCAAGACAGGUUGGAAAAAUUAUUUGAAGGUUUAAGUUUUAGUAUCCUUAUAGUAUUCAUAGUUUAUAUUUGUGUCCUUGUGCCUAACAAUCAUCUUGAGAUACUUGUUAGCCCCGGGAUUUUCUGAGCAAA